AUGCGUCAAAAGGACUCUGGAUCACAGUCUAUGGCGAAGGAGGUAAACCUCAUUUUGAAAGCUCUUCGGAUACAGCAGCAACAGAUUGUGGAACAGAACCAAGUGGACUCACGUGCGCAGGACGUCUCGUUGGUGCAACUGCGCCUCGCAACCUUCCGGCUUCAGAACCCGCAAGUUUGGUUUCACCAGAUCGAGGCACAGUUCUGCCUCAACCGCAUUACUUCGGACACGACGUGCUACUACCACGUCGUCUCAGUCCUUCCUCCUGAUGUUACCGGCGAGCUCUCGGACGUUCUCUCCACGCCCACGGGCGCUACACCAUAUCAGCACCUCAAGAUUAAGGUGCUGAAGAGAUUCAUGCCGUCGGAAUGCCACCCGCCUCCAGCAGCUGCUUACCCAGGACAACGGCGUCCCUCCCAACUGGUGCGCCGGAUGCGACAGAUUCUCGUGGAUCGCGACGUGCCCACCCACUCAGCGUUGCUUCGCCAGCUUUUCCUCCAACGCCUUUCCCAGCCUAUCUGCCUCGUCCACCCUGCGGCCGGCGACGUCAACCUCGACCGCCUGGUGGAGCUCGCCGAUUAG